GAAGAGCGAAUUGCUUGGAUAGUUUUCCAAAAGAAAAAGUGGAAGUGGCAAAUGGAACAGCGGGGUCUACGUAGCCGGAGCAAACGUGGGAAAAUGGAUAACACUGCACCACUGAUUUCCAAAAGCACAGGCCCCGUCAAUUCACUGGGUGGCUUUAUUAGAAGGGCGCAGCGUACGCUUCUGAACACACCAUGGCAAAUCAUACAGGUGGCGGAGACGUCGGAGCCGGGGUUGUUCCGGGUGUGGGCGCUGGUGGGCGCGGAGCUGCACCAGGUGCGGCUGUCGGUGGCCCGCGUAUUCUACGUGAACCAGCGAGUGAGCCGUGCCGCCGACAGCGGCCCUUACUGGCGGCGCUGCGCUCGCGUGCUGCCGCGAGCGCACCCAGCGCUGCACCUCUACCAGUACACCGUGCCCGAGCAGCUGUACCGCGACCAUCACGAGGAGUUAAUGGGAGAACUGUCAGCUCCAGAAAUAGAAGGUAUCUACGAAACACAAAUGAGUCUUGAAUUCAGAGUACUCGUGCAAUUGGGCUGCAUUUGCAUCGUCGAUCCGCAAGAGGUUAGAAGACUGAUUCAAAUCGGCUCCAACAACAUGGACACAUUUACUUUAAACCAACUUCAGUUUAAGAGUGUCGCUCAUCAACCUUAUUUGCCGAAACAAGAUGGAGUAUCACCAAUAAAACAUAUUUUUCUUUACCAACAUUCGGCGUUAAAUUCGAGCCGUAGCAUGUGGUCUUUAAUAUUAGGCCCCAUCAAGAAGGCCUACUUAUUUGUGCUCGAUACAGUUAAGACAAAUCAAGUUCCUAACAUGAACACACUGUUUACUGCCGAACGGACUGCCAAGAUAAAACUGGGCACUGCGGAGGCGGAGCUGCCGGGCGCGGAACUGACGUGGGAGGUGCAGGUGGAGAGCGAGGCGCGCGCGGUGUGGCGCGGCGUCGCGCGCGCGCUGCAGCGCUACCGCGACGAGCGCUGCGGACCCACGCUCGUGGCGCUGCAGUCUGCCCUCUCGCCACCCGCGCUGCUCGCGCUCGUGCCCGGUCUCUCAGAAUUUCCUUUGGUACCACUCCACGUUCGUGAUGUGGAGACUUUGUAUAGCACAUUAGAGUGGCAACGGAUUGGCGCCAGGGCGAUCGUUCGUCACUACCUUAACUUAGAGUCUGUAUUGCACCUGACAAUUGAACAGUGCAGAUAUUUCCAUGUGCCAUUGGGUAAUAUGCCCUCAGACCCAACUUUAUUUGGAGCAGAUCUCUUCUUUGCGCGUCACUUGAUCAAGCAUAACUUCGUGUUGUGGUGUUCCAAUUCUGAGAGACCAGACUUGGGCGGUCGAGAGAUAGAUGACAAUAGGCUGGUAAGCGAAGUAGAGGAGAUGUCUGGUUGCACGCACAACGCGAGCGGCGCAUACGGCGUGUGCGUGGAGCUGGAGAACGACGCGCUGAGCGUGUGCGCGCUGCUGCAGGCGCACCACAUCCUGCAGCUGGAGGGCACCAGCGUGGCCACGUCGUUCGGCGCGCAACAGUACAGCAUACAGGACGCCAUGGCAGCCGGAGCGAAUCCGUCUGUAAACUACGACGAGACGGCGCAGUGCAGCGCCGCGUUCAAGAUCCUACGCACGAUGAUUGCGUCGUGGCUGCGCGACGUCACACUCUACAAGAAUGUCUUCGCCGAUUAUCAGAUAUCACACUUUUACAGGUGGCUGAAAACUCCGACAGCGCUUCUGUACGACCCGGCGCUACGUCGCACUUUGUACAACCUAAUGAAGAAGUUGUUCCUCAUGCUGGUGGCCGAGUUCAAGCGACUGGGAUCUACCAUUGUGUACGCGGAUUUCAACAAGAUACUACUGCACACAAAAAAGAACACUGUUAUGGAUGGCAUUGGUUACGUUGAGUUUGUGGUGCAGAGCAUCAGGAACAAGGAACUGUUUCACGGCAUCGACAUCCGAUACAAACAGUGCUGGUCCUACCUGCUGUGGUUAGAUGAGGCCAACCACGCCGGCAUACAAGGUAAAUUGCCUGAAGGAUUAGUGGAAGUGGGCUCGUCGCAAGCACCGCCAGCGAGUGAAGAUACGCAAACAGAAGACGAGGGCGCCGUAACAAUGCAGUGGAACUUGGCCAAAUUCCUCCCUCGUGCAGUUCGCGAGCAGUUUUCAGCGGCAGUGGCAGGUUUCCUGAGUGCGGCAUACAGUGAACCAGACAGACUUGCAGCUUUAGUUGCGGGAGAGAUCUCGCAAAAACUCUUCCAGGUGACAGAGAAGAUAAACACGCGUAUGCCCACUCUCCGGGCCGGCGACAUCGAGCCGCAGCCAGGGCUGCGGGCCGACGCAUUCGACGCCGACGCCACGCCUGCGCUGCUGUUCGUGAACGCGGUCUGCAAGGUGCUCUCGCUGGAUACUGCGCUGGAGGAUCAGGUGACGCUGCUGCGCAGAAACUUGCUGCGUCUGAUCGGCGUGGGCGAGUUCAGCGAUGCGGCGCAGUGGCGUGAGCCGUGUGCUUCAUGCGUGCUGCCCGAGCUCAUCUGCAACGUGUGCAACGUGUGCCGCGACCUGGACCUGUGCCGCGACACGCACACCGACAUGCGCCACGACAUACCAGUGUGCCUGUGCCCAAAUUGUGGCACCCCAUACGAUAAUCAGGAAUUGGAGUGGAGGCUCAUAGAAAUUAUGAAUCGGCGGGCGAUGAGUUACACAUUGCAGGACCUUAUUUGUACGAGAUGCAAUCAAGUAAAAAGAGAAAACUUGACUGUUGUUUGCGACUGCGCUGGCGAUUUUGCACUAAUGGUCCCACAAAAAGAAAUACACGUACAACUAAUGACAUUUAAGACAAUUGCUGAAUAUUAUAAGAUGCCUUUGUUGUUAGAAUUAAUAGAAUUUAAUUUAAGUAAUAUGUGA